CGCGGUGCAUCCCACCGCACGCGCGUCGCACGAUAUGCACGGUAUCGCGACCGUCCCACGGCCGGCGCCGGCGCCGGCGCGUCACCGGCGCCGGCGCGUCGACCGGGCUUCGGCGCGCGCCAGAGCGACGGCGCCGGGGGGGCCCCUCGGGGGCGACGGUGAAAAUAUCUCCGAGUUCAAGACUCCCUUUUUCAACGACCGCGGCCCCUCGACGCCGAUGCCCACGUCCGAUCAGGUGCGGCUGUUCUGCCUCGACCGCGACGGCGUGAUAAACAAGGACGUCGGCGUGCCCGGCGUCGUCGACGUGGACGACUUCGAGCUCCUCCCCGAGGCGGCGCGCGCGAUCCGGUCCCUCAACGACGCGGGCGUGAGCGUGUGCGUGGUGACCAACCAGACCGCGGUGGGCAAGGGACUGCUUCCCGAGUCCACGUUGAACGAGGUCAUCCACCCGGCGAUGCGCCGAAUGCUCCACGACGAGGCCGGCGCGUCCAUCGGGUCCAUCUUCUACGCCAUCAAGCCGAGGGACGUGCCGUGCGAUCGUCGCAAGCCCGCGCCCGGGAUGCUCGUCGAGGCGAUGAACGAGCACGGCUGCAUGGACGUCUACUACGGGUGCAUCAUGGUCGGCGAUACCGUGACGGACAUGCAGGCCGCCGCGAGGGCGGGCGCGAGACGCGCGCUGGUGUGCACGGGGCACGGGGAGGCCAUGGGCGCGGCGCUGGCGGCACGGAACGUGGAGCUCCCGUGCAGGAUAUCGAUGCGUUGCGACGACCCGACGAUGUCUUUUCCAGACGAGUGCUUCCCGAUGGACGUCUACGCGUCGCUGGGGCACUGCGUGGACUGCGUGCUCGCGGAAUCGUCGUACCAGUGGAGCGCGAGGGCCGUGUACGACAGUCUGACGCAGUGAGACAUGCGUCGUCUUUAGUCCUCACCUGGGAAGUUAGUACGCGUUGUUUUUGUAACGAUUUGUUGUAGCUGGUGAUGUUC